AUGCGAGUUAUUGUUGAGGCACACCUCAGGGCGAUAGCUGACGUUCGCAAGGCUUCGGGUGACACUGCUGAUGCUAUUAAGGGUGUUCUCGAUGCAAUUCAGCAACACAUACGAGAGCUUAAAGCAUUAGGGCGUCCCGUAGACUUCUGGGACGAUUGGUUAGUACAUAAUACAGUAAAUAAACUCGCGUUCGAAACCCGCAAGCAGUGGGAGUUAUCGCUUAUUAGCGAUGAACCCCCCACCUUCGAACAACUGACAACGUUUCUGGAGAUUAGGUGCCGCUCAUUGGCAAUGAUUACCGCGCCUGUUCCGCAGGCAACAACUAUUAAGCCGACGACGCAUAAAUACGCUGCGAAAUCAACAAAAGUAUUUCACGCAAUUCCAGAGCAAAACCCCGCGCGCUGCAUGUACUGCAAUGCAGCUCAUAAGAUCUACUCUUGCGACAAAUUUCGAAUUUGUUCAUCGCAAGGCGGUCGCUGUAGAGGCGAAACGCUGCUCACGCUUUCGUCUAAUUGUUCGGAUAAAUGCUACGAUAUUACCGCGCUGAUUCUUCCGAAAAUCACCAACGAUUUGCCGACGCAGACCUUGAGUGUUUCUAGUUGGCCACAUAUCCAAGGCUCAUUCCUAGCUGAUCCAAAUUUCGCGAAGCCUGGCCGCAUAGACGUACUCGUAGGCAUGGAUGUAAUGGAUCAACUAAUCUGUGUGGAGCUUCGAAAAGGUCCGUCUGGCACGCCUAUGGCCCAGAAAACAGUUUUUGGCUGGACUUUAUUUGGAAACGUUGACAGUCUUGGUUCGCCAACGCCUAGUUUGCAAUCGCUGCAUUGUGAUGUGCAAUUAGAUCGAGCGCUCGCUAGGUUAUGGGAGCUCGAAGACUCGCCGCAGAAACAGCAUCUCACGCAUGAGGAAAACUUCUGCGAGAAUCACUUCAAUUCUACACAUCAAAGAAUGCCGGAUGGUCGCUUUGUGGUUGAACUACCACUUAAACCUAAUACAGUAUUGGGUGAGUCACGAAACUUCGCAAUACGUAACCUGCUAUGCAUAGAACGAAGGCUCGCUAGCAACAGCGAUUUGCGCUUACGCUACGAUGAGUUCAUGAGAGAGCUCAUUGACAUGGGUCACAUGGAGGAGGUGUUUGAAACGACGAGUGAGGUGUAUUAUAUGCCACACCACCCAGUCAUUAAAGAAUCCAGCGUUACGACCAAGCUGAGGGUAGCCCUCAACGCGUCCGCCAAAACCACCACGGGUAACUCGCUUAAUGACGCAUUGUUUGUUGGACCUCAGCUACAGCAAGAUUUAUAUUCUAUAUUGCUGCGCUUCAGAACGCAUCGCUACGCGGUAACCGCGGAUGUAGCUAAGAUGUAUCGGCAGGUCUGCGUUUCGUCGAAACACGUCGAUCUGCAACGAAUCGUUUGGCGUCCAGAUCCAUCUUCACCCAUUAGAGAUUACCGCAUGUUCCGCGUAACGUACGGGGUGGCCGCCGCGUCUCACUUAGCUGUAAAAGCGUUGCAACAAACUGCUAAGUGCACAACUAAUGGGUGUAAGAAAGCGGUUGACGCGAUCCUCAAUGAUUUUUACAUGGAUGACCUGCUAACUGGAGCCUCUUGCAAGUCACAACUCCGGUUGCUUCAACAAAACGUAUCCGAAAUUCUUCAAGAAGGCGGCUUCGAACUAAGGAAGUGGGCAUCUAACUGCGCUGAGCUGAAAGAAAUCAUCUCCAAGUCAUCUCAAACUAUAUCCCAUUACAUAGUCGACGGUAAGGACGUUCAUGCGUUAGGCCUCAUUUGGAACAUAGAGGGCGACUACUUUACAUUCGCAGUCGACCUAAAGGAGCCACCCGCUAUUUUGACUAAGAGAGCCUUUUUGUCAGAUGCCAGUAUUCUCUUUGAUCCGCUGGGCUUACUUGCUCCUGUGACAAUAUGCUCGAAAAUGUGGUUCCAAGACAUUUGGCGCGCUGAGGUUGGAUGGGAUGACUUGAUACCAGACACAAUAGCAAAUCUAUGGGUUGAUCAUCGCGUGCAGCUGCAGAAACUAGUAGACUUGAAG